AGCAAGCCCAAAAAAAGGUCAAGACAUAAAUUGGGCGUUAAAGCCCAAUAUUUCUGUAACAGCCCACCAAAGAUUCUGAAUCGUCACGUGUGCAUCCACUUUGAUCUAUUCACACUUGGCACCAAAAACACACAAACGCACAGAGUGACACCCAUCUCUUGCAUUGAAACCCUAAAGCCCCGAUUCCUAUCCGAGCUUCUCCAUUUCACCAUUGCUGAAGAAUUUUGAAUGUUUGAUAGCUGCACAAUUCCCGAGAUAGGGUUUUGGAAUUGUUAAAAAUGGCGGAGUCUUCCAGCUCUCGUAUUACAAUCACCCUAGGACGCAGCGGUCAGGUGGUAAAGAAGGCAGGAUCCGUAUUAGAUCAUCCCUUACCUGAUUCUGGGCCAGCGGUUGGGACUAAACGGUCUGUCAGAGAUAGACUAGGUACCAUCUCAGAUUCAACAACUGAAUUCAAUAAUAAACGUCAGCGGGGAGAUGGAAGUAGAUUGGGAUCUCGUGCCUCUAGUGGCAUUGAUGAUGGGCGACUUGGUAAAGAUGACCUGCGAUAUAAAAUCAUGCGGAAAACUGCACUUGACCGAGUUCAAAGCAAUGGCCAGCAGAAUGGGGUGGAUCUUCGUGAUUUCCUGUCUAGGCCUGCUCAGUCUUCAACAGAAAGCCCCAGUUCACGACAUGACAUACCUGAUCAGAGGGAUACUAGACCACGAGUACCAGAGCCGAGGGAUAGUAGACCACGAGUACCUGAACCAAGGGAUAGUAGACCACGAGUACCUGAACUGAGGGAUAGUAGAGCACGAGUACCAGAACCGAGGAAUACUAGACCACAAGUACCAGAGCCCAGGAAUGAUAGACAUCAUAUGGUUGAUUCAAGAGGUUCUAGACAGUAUUUGCCUGAUGAUGUAGAUUCAAUACCGUACAUGCCUGAAACCAGGGAUUUUAGAGGGCACCGUCCAGAGCUAAAGGAUGUUAGAUAUAAUACACCUGAGUCAAGGAGUUUGAGCAUGGUGGUACGAGCUCCCGCUACAAGAAAUGCAGAGGCUUUACCACUGAUGGACUCAAUAAGGAAUUCUUAUUCUCCAUGGACACUAGAUCGUUUAAGGCGUAGAUCACCAGAUGGAGUUCGUAGUUCUUCUAGAGGUAUCUCUCCACCAAGGAGAGGGGAGGAACUGCAGAGAAGACGUCAAGUGACGCCUUAUGAUGACCUGAGAUUCCGUUCAUACACAAGGAAAGAUGUCUCUGAGCUUUCAGGACCCACGACUUCUGCAGGUUACCUGUCAAAUACAUCCCAACCUGCCGGACCAGGGAAGACUGUCACACCAUUGCGUUCCCUAAUCCCUCAAUCACGGAAUCAAGUGCAGAGAAGUUCAUAUGCAGCCGAGGAUCAACCUACUGUUGAUAGCUUUUUGAACUCGUUGGGUCUAGAGAAAUAUGCUAUCCAUUUCAAGGCUGAGGAAGUGGAUUUGUAUUCAUUGAAGCAGAUGGGCGACAAUGAUCUGAAGGAGUUGGGAGUACCCAUGGGUCCAAGAAAAAAGAUUCUGCUUGCCUUAGCAGCUCGUGCCAGAAGACAAGUAUGAUUAUGUGAAUUGUCGCAAUUUAGACACAUUGUGGAGCUUUGAUGCAAAAACCUUGAGAGGUGAAGUCAUGCGACUCUUCAAAUACCUUGUAGAGCAUGUAUUUCCAUCUUGUUCAAUCCGGGCAAAUCUGUAUGAAUCAGUUGUUAGAUCCCCUUGUCAAUUCUGUAGUUUCCUAUACAGGGCAAAACAUUUUGCUAAAAGAAGUCUGAUUCUUUUGUUGUUUGUCACUAUUUUGUUUUUGUGUGAUCCUCAUUAUUAUGGAAUGAGUGAUUCAUGAUUGAGAAAAAAAAUCCUGGAAAGCCCUUGUUUUCAAUCUGGCUCGGAUACCCAAUUAAUGUAUUUUCAACCUGUUGUCGAUCA